GCGACUUUCUUCGAUCGUCAGUGCGCAUGCGUAAACUGUGUCAGUUGGCCGAGUGAAGUGGUUCACUCUCUCUAAAAAUAACCUAAAAAUUAAUAUUUAAUCGUGAAUUAAAUAAAUAUGGCACACUACGGGUCUUUAGAAAAGUUAGGACUAGCCUUCCUUGUAGGUUUGCUGUUCUACAUAGUAAAAUGUUUCGUUAAUGUGGUGUAUACUUAUGUUAUCGGACCAGCAGUGAAUAAAGUGGAUUUUAAAUCGAAAGGAAAGUGGGCACUGGUCACAGGAAGCACUGAUGGUAUUGGAAAACAAUAUGCGAGAGAGUUGGCUGCACGAGGCUGUGAUAUAAUUCUAGUCAGUCGUUCUAUUGAUAAGCUGAAAGCAACUGCCUCUGAAAUAGAAAAUGACUACAAAGUAAAUACCAAAAUAAUUCAGGCUGAUUUCAGCGAGGAAGGAAUUUACGACAAAAUUUCCAAAGAAAUAACUGAUCUUGAAAUAGGAACCCUAGUCAAUAAUGUUGGUAUUUCGUACAGCUAUCCGGAGUAUUUCACCGAAAUCCCAGAUUGGGAACGUAGCAUAUCAACCAUGAUCAAGGCCAACAUGGUAUCAGUGACUCGGAUGACGGGUAUCGUCUUACCUGACAUGGUGAAGCGUGGCAAGGGAGUCGUCAUCAAUAUUGGAUCUGGAUCAUCUGUAAUCCCUAGUCCUCUGCUUACUGUUUAUGCAGCAUCUAAGGCUUACGUCGACAAAUUUUCGGAGGGUCUUGAAAUGGAGUACAGCAAAAAGGGCAUUAUAGUACAGUGCGUGCUCCCCGGUUUCGUCUGUUCGAAUAUGUCCGGUAUUCGGCGAAGCACUUGGUUGGCGCCAACCGCUAAGACCUUCGUUAAGUCUUCCAUCAGUCUUGUUGGUACAACGUCAAAGACGACGGGAUACUUCCCGCACGCCGUUUUCGUGAACGCCAUCAAUCUGAUAUAUGCGGCAUAUGCACGAUUCGCUGUCUGGUUGGUUACCAGGUCGAUGGAGAACACUCGCAGGAAGGCACUGAAAAAAAGAGAAAAGAAUAUUGCAUGAAGAUUCAAAAAUGAAGUUACAAGGGAUCUAGAAGGAGAAUUACAUCAAUGUGAUAUAUAUGACAAUAAAAACGUUGAGUAUUAUACAGAGAAAGCUGUAACGUGAUAAUUAAAUUGGACUUCUGGGGCUCAAUUAUUUAAAAAUUUUAUAUGAUUUGUUAAAAAAAUUGUUAUAUCUUAUAGGUUAACCUAUUUAUUGUUGCAUAAUAAAUAACUUAUUAAAUAUAUGGUUACCAUAAA